UCUGCAGCACAGGCGAGCAUCGCAAAUUUGAGGAUCUCAUUCUGCGCUGAGGUGGCAAGUUGCCGAAAGCAAGCAAUUUGACCAAAACUAGCCUAUCUGAUAUAGCAGCUCCAGUCAGUGUAGGUUGUAAUCAGCAAGAAUCUAGAAAAUCACAGCGCCAAUCGCAAGCCAAAGGUCUUCGCAAGUUACCUGUCGUGGGGCCAAAUAGCACAAGCAAUUACCCAACCUUUUGGACCCAUUUCUGCGUCGCUCUAGCCUAGAGUCAGCUUCUCAGCGCUAUUGGGGUCAAUCUGGUAAUUUUGAACCCAUGCUGUUGAUGGCGCAGUGAGGGGAGAUGAUGGCAACCAGUGCCUCCCCUGUGCGGUCCAGCUUGCUCUGCGGGGGACUCCAAUGGGCAGAUCGCACCAGCCGUUCAGACUGUGUGGGAGACCGGGCAGGAAAUUGCUUUGAAAAUUUACCAUCAAGUUCGGCUAAGACCAAUGAGAUUUGGGCACCACCACUCAGGCAACUGCGCUUUCAAUGUACUUUACAAGGGAACACAUGUCGGCCAAGCACACAACUUUUGAGCCAUCGAAUCCCUCUGGCACCCCCCCAAUUACCGCGCAAACAGAGGUGUGUGCGCCAAUGCGUAGCCAGGGGUGGCGCAUCCUCCGCAGAGCCUGCUGCCCUAGCGGGCAAGACUGCGGCUGGAUCGCACACGCGGGUCGUGGUCAUUACUUCUGGGAAGGGCGGGGUCGGGAAGACGACCGCGACUGCGAAUGUGGGCAUGUGCCUGGCGCGCAUGGGCAAGGAGGUGAUCCUGAUUGACGCAGAUGUGGGACUGCGCAACCUGGACCUGCUGCUUGGGCUGGAGAACCGCGUUCUGUACACGGCCAUGGAGGUGCUCGCGGGGGAGUGCCGGCUGGAGCAAGCGCUCGUGCGCGACAAGCGCUGGCCCAACCUGAGCAUCCUGUGCUGCUCCAAGAACCGCCAGCGCUUCCACCUCUCCCAGGACCACAUGCGCAUGAUCGUAGACAGCCUGCGCGCGCGGGGGCCUGACUUCAUCCUCAUCGACUGCCCCGCCGGGAUUGACGUUGGGUUCCAGAAUGCGGUGGCGCCGGCGGAGGAGGCCAUCAUCGUGACCACGCCCGACAUCACGGCCAUCCGCGAUGCGGACCGCGUGGUGGGCCUGCUGGAGGCGUACGGGUACCGCGCGAUCAAGCUGAUGGUGAACAAGGUGCGCGAGGACAUGAUCGUGGAGGACAAGAUGAUGAGCGUGGAGGACGUGCAGGAGAUGCUGUGCAUCCCCUUCCUGGGGGCCAUUCCCGAAGACAAGGAGGUCAUUGUGUCCACGAACCGCGGGGAGCCCCUCGUGCUACGCCGCUGGCUCACGCUAUCAGGCAAGGCGUUUGAGGAGACCACGCGCAACCUAGUCAAGGGGGAUGAUGGGGAUGCGGGGGCGCAGCAAGCGCUGUCCCCUGUGUCCGUGAGCAGCCCCGGGUCCCUCUGGGCUGCGGUGGGCCUAGUGAUGGGCACCGCUGUCGGUCCCGGCAUCCUGGGCCUGCCCGCUGCCGCGCUGCCGGCGGGGCUCGUCCCAUCCACGGUGGCCAUUGUGGCGGCCUGGGCGUAUGUGGUGGCCAGCGUGCUUCUGGUGGCGGAGGCAACCAUCCAGGUCAUGCAGGAGACGGGGGCCAAAGAGGUCAGUUUCACCGGCCUGGCCUCGCGCUCGUUCGGUCCCGUGGGGGGCCAGGUGGUGGCCGUGGUGUACGCUGCCCUCAACUACUCGCUCCUGGUGGCCUGCAUCGCGGGCCUGGGGGAGAUUGUGGGCAAGGUUCUAGGCUUGCCCCCAGCAAUCGGCUGCGCCGCCUCAACAGCCCUGGUGGGCGGCGCCGUGCUGGCCGCCCCCUUCCCCGUGCUGGACCUCUCCAACCGGGGCCUGUGCGCACUCAUGCUCCUCUCCCUGGCCGCGCUCACCUCCUUCGGGCUGCCCCACGUGGCCCUGGGCCCCGCCCUGCAGCGCACCGCGUGGCGCGAGGUGCUGCCUGCGGUCCCGGUCAUGGUCCUCACGCUGGGCUUCCACGUCAUCACGCCCCUCAUCUGCAGCGUGCUGGGCGGCCGCCCCGCCAAGAUCCGGCAGGCCAUCCUGGUUGGAGGGGCUGUCCCGCUGGCCAUGGUCCUCGCCUGGAACACCAUCGUGCUCGGGCUCGCCAAGCAGGCCUCCGCCAGCGCCAGCAUCGACCCGAUCGCCCUCCUCUUCUCCCUGCGCAACUCCGCGGCCCCGGCGGUCCAGGCAUUCGCCUUUGCGGCGCUGGGCACCACUCUGAUCGGUUACUCCCUCAGCUUCCCCCGCCAGCUGGCAGACACGGCCGCCAUGCUGACUGGCAGGGACCCCACCCAAACUGGGCCCCCACCGCAACUAGGCGGGGGGCCGCUCAGCCUUGAGGGAUCCCUCAACGAUGACGUUGCACCGGCCGUCGAGGAGGCGGCUCCGGGGCGGACGGGACCCGUUGCUCUGCUGCUGACGUUGCUGCCGCCGCUGCUGGUGGCCGCAACGGUGCCGGCCGCCUUCGCAUCGGCAGUGCAGUUUGCAAGCAUCUAUGCAAACUGCUUCUUGUUCGGGGUGAUCCCCCCGCUCAUGGCGUGGCAGCUCCGGAAAGCGGCUGGGGACAGCGCUGAUGGCGAGCGCCCCCGCUCCAAGGUGGAGACACUACUGCCGGGGGGAGCUCCCGUGCUGGCGGCCCUUCUAGUGGUCGCCCUAAUACUGGGGGUGUUCCCACCACGGCGAUAGCGGGACACACGUUGCGAGGUGGAGGGGCCAACUCGUUGCAUGUCAAGCGGAUGACAAGGGUGCAACAAAGAGAUUGGAACGGUAUGAUGGUGUGUUUGGUGUGCGGCCGAAGUUGAGUUUUGUGAGUUCCGCAGAGUUCGAGGAUCAUUCUGCUUUGCACCACCUGGAUUACUUUGCAUAUCUUGGGUCCGCGGUCCACUCUCCUGAAGGCAACAUUGGGUUUCGGCGAAUAUGAGUCAACAAGUGUCGUGAUGCUACAAGCAAUCCGAGUCGAUGUGAAGAGUCCGAUCUUGAAAUGCUCAUUCAAAGACACGGGUCUUCAAUUCUGAUUUUGCCUUGUUGAGCAC